CCGGCCCGCCACGCCGCCGGUCUCCGCGCCGCGCCCCCGCCGCGGCCCGCACCAGGUAGCGCCGCCCCGAGCGCGUCCGAGGCCGGCCGGGCGCGGGGCGGCGAUGAGCGCGGAGCGCGCCCCGCGGGCCCGGCCCUGAGCCCCGCCGAGGUCCGCGAGCGACAUGACGCCGCGCCCCGCGUUGCUGCUGCUGCUGCUGCCAGCGCUGCUGCUCGGGGGGGCCCCGCCGGCCGCCGCUGCCCGAGGCCCCCCGAGGAUGUCCGACAAGGUGGUCCCGCGGCAGGUGGCUCGGCUGGGCCGCACCCUGCGGCUGCAGUGCCCAGUGGAGGGGGACCCGCCGCCGCUGACCAUGUGGACCAAGGACGGACGCACCAUCCACGGUGGUUGGAACCGCUUCCGCGUGCUGCCCCAGGGGCUUCGGGUGAAGGAGGUGGAGCGUGACGACGCUGGCAGCUAUGUGUGCAAGGCCACCAAUGGCUUCGGCAGCCUCACGGUCAACUAUACCCUCGUCGUUCUGGACGAUGCCAGCCCAGGAAGGGGGCACUCCAGACACGACAGCCCUUCGGGUGGACAGGAGGAUGCAACGAGUGCACAGUGGGCACGGCCUCGCUUCACGCAGCCCUCCAAGAUGAGGCGCCGAGUGAUCGCGCGACCAGUCGGUAGCUCCGUGCGGCUCAAGUGUGCGGCCAGCGGGCAUCCGCGACCCGACAUCAUGUGGCUGAAGGACGAACAGGCCUUGACCCGUCCAGAAACUAGUGAGCACAGGAGGAAGAAGUGGACCCUGAGCCUUAAGAACCUGCGUCCUGAAGACAGCGGGAAGUACACGUGCAGAGUGUCCAACCGGGCUGGCGCCAUCAAUGCCACCUACAAGGUGGAUGUUAUCCAGAGGACGCGCUCCAAGCCUGUCCUCACGGGCACGCACCCCGUGAACACGACAGUCGACUUUGGAGGCACCACAUCUUUCCAGUGCAAAGUGCGGAGUGACGUGAAGCCGGUGAUUCAGUGGCUGAAGCGUGUGGAGUACGGGGCUGAGGGCCGCUACAACUCCACCAUUGACGUGGGCGGCCAGAAGUUUGUGGUGCUGCCCACUGGUGACGUGUGGUCACGGCCUGAUGGCUCCUACCUCAACAAGCUGCUUAUCGCACGCGCCCGCCAGGACGACGCAGGCAUGUACAUCUGCCUGGGUGCCAACACCAUGGGCUACAGCUUCCGCAGUGCCUUCCUCACUGUGCUGCCAGCAGACCCAAAGCCACCAGGACCCGCUGUGGCCCCCUAACCCUCCAUCACUAGCCUGCCAUGGCCCGUGGUCAUCGGCAUCCCUGCUGGCGCCGUCUUCAUCCUGGGCACCGUGCUGCUGUGGUUCUACCAGGUAAAGAAGAAGCCCUGCACACCUGCGCCUGUGCACCGCCCACCUGCGGCCCCCCGCACCCGGGCUGGGGACAAGGACCUGCCAGUGCCACCUGCGGGGGGCCUGUGUGAGGAGCUGGCGUCCCCAGUGGCCCCCCAGCACCUCCUAGGCCCGGGCUCACCUACAGGCCCCAAGCUGUACCCCAAACUUUACACAGACGUGCACACACACACACACACGCACUCACAUGUGGAGGGGAAGGGGCCGCAGCACCUGCACAUCCACUACCAGUGCUAGGGGGUCUUGGGUCUCUCCGCUCCAGGACACACCCAGCUUGGAGGGUGGCCAGCACCCAGGGGCCCUGGGUGAGGCAUCCAUGUGGGAGGACACACCUCUAGGUACCAGGACACUGCAGGUGUGUGCAUAGCAAUAGACACCCCAGUAUGUACACAGUCACACCAGACUCCUCAUAUACAGACACCACACCACACAGUCACUCUCAGACACACAGAUACUGCCUCACACACAGACAUUCCACCACACACUCACACAUGACACCCCAUCACACACACUCACACAUGGACACCCCAUCACACACACUCACACAUGAACACCCCGUCACACACACUCACACACACUCACACAUGGAUACUGUCACACAC